AUGGAACUAAGAGUAGCCAAAGAUUCGCCUGACAUUAUAUACGAGUACUUUAAAAAGUCACCUGAGACCACGUAUCGAUCAAUCUCUUUGAAACGAUCGCAUUUUGGUGUGCUUGAUAACAGUGUAACUCGACUAAAUAAGACACCAAGCAAAAUCUCUUUAGUAAAACAUAUUGAUUUAGUUUCUUUGUGUGAAGGACCAACUGCAGCAGUUAAAAAUCCAGAGCAUGUGUCAUUUUAUAAAAAUCUAGAGUAUGAAAAAAAAUGA